AUGAUUGAAAGAGAAAUACGAAAGAAGAGACCGAGAACUUCAUUCACAGCAAAUCAAAUCAAGACAUUAGAGACAGAGUUUGAUAAAAACAAAUAUCUUUCGGUCUCUAAAAGGUUACAAUUGUCUAAACUAUUGUCAUUAACCGAAACUCAAAUCAAAAUCUGGUUUCAAAAUCGGAGGACCAAAUGGAAGCGCAAGUAUACCAAUGAUUUGGAGCAAAUGGCACAACACUACUACCAGUCCGUCGGACUACACACUGCCCGACCCCUCUUCGUUGGCGAUCGGCUCUGGCUUUUCAAUAGUAAUCAACAAAUUAAUCAAUCAUUAAAACCAACUAAUGAUUUCAUAAAGAAUAAUAACAACUCAUUUAUGGCUAAUUAUAAAAGUGACAUUAAUGUCAGUAAAAAUAAUAAUAGCAUUAUCUAA